AUGCAUCCUCAGUCGAUUUACAUGAACUUCUUUCCCCAAGGCGAGCAAUCUGUAGAGUACCGGCCUGGCGGGUUUUGCCCUAUUCACCUGGGCGAUGUCCUCCAGGGACGCUAUCACAUCUUCCGCAAGCUGGGAGUUGGCGCUCAGUGCACCGUCUGGCUGGCAAGGGACAAAGGCGUGCCGGAGCGCCGCUAUGUGGCCCUCAAAGUGUACUCCGCCCGGGAGACCAGGACGGGGCGCAGGGUGGAAUGUCUCCUUCGCGGGCGCCUGGACCACGGGGGGUCAGACCACCCUGGGAGGAAUUACGUCGAGAUAGCCUCCGACGCCUUCAUCGUCUGGGGCCCUGGCGGCGGCGACCAAGGGCACCUGGUCAAGGUCGUCGAGCCCCUCGGCAGGAACCUCGGAAGCAUGAUCGAGCGUGUCAUGUAUCGGAACGUGACCGGUGAUUAUGAUGAAGCCGACCGGCCGAGCACACCCUUGGGCCCCGACCGCGAGAUCGGGGCCAUCAAGAGGACGUGCUACCAGGUGCUGCAGGGGCUCGACUACCUGCACAGCCGGGGGGUGGCGCACCGAGAUAUCCGGAUAGAAAACGUGUGUGUUUCGUUGCGGCUGGACCACCUCAACACACUCACCGAGAACCAGAUCCAAAGGAAUCUCUGGGCCGGCGCGAAUUCCGAUGCAGCCAACCAAGUCCGUCGGCAGCGACUGUUCGAGGCGGAAGAUUACGGGCUGGAGCUGGCCGAGUCGGACGACGAGACGGACGAGGAGGCGCCCAUCAUCCCCAACGACGCCGUGGCAGAGGCGCCCACCCUCGACGACGGCAACGCCGGGGUAGAGGCCCUCCCCAGGCCUCCCAGUCUCGACCAUGAUGACUCCUUGUGCUCGUCCUCGGCAUUAUCCACCUCCUCCUCGUACAGGCUGGCCUCGUUCUUGCACUGCGAGCGGCUCUCGGCCCAGCAGUGGGCCGAGCUCCUGGCCGAGCCGGGCGACCUCUCGGCGGAGCCGCACACGCCCAGCUGGAACCGGGCCAACCUCGUCAACAGCCGGGGACGGGUCGAGCUCCUGCAGCGCGCGGACCGCCGGCCGCCGGCGCGCGGCGAGAUCCGGUACACGGUGGCCAGCUCGCCGCUGUCGGCGCCCUCGUACCGAGACCGGCGCGUCCGGCUCGCCGUGCUGGCCGACCUGGGCUACGCGGCCGUCUUCGAGGACUGCGAGGCGGCCCGGGCGCCCGGCUGCCUCGAGGCCAUGCCGCCCGAGCGCCUGCUGGGCCGCCCGUGCUCGCACCGCGGGGACGUGUACUCGCUCGCCCUGCUGCUCUGGGAGCACGUCAUGGCGCAGCCGCUGGUCGAGGAGAUGUUUGGCGGCCACGACGACGGGCCCGGCAAGGCGGCGGCCAAGUCCCAGCUGCUGCGCGACCUGGCGCAGCGCGUCGGCGGCGGGUUCCCGCCCGAGAUGCGGCCGCUGUGGCCCGACGUCGACCGCUACAUCGACGCCGAGGGCGCCGCCAUAGACAACUCGCUCGAGGUGUACGGGGAGCCCGCCGAGCCGGGCGACUACCGCUACGGCGACAUCUGGGACCAGGGCCGGCUGGCGAGGCCGGCGGGCAUGGACGGCGAGGACCUGGCCGCCUUUGUGCGCAUGAUCCUGUCGAUGCUGCGGUGGAGGGCCGAGGAGAGGCCGUCGACGGCUGAGCUGUUGGAGCACGAGUGGUUCAGGGAGCUGCGUGCGCCGGUGGAUGGGUAA